AAUUUGAGUGACGUCAUUCGUAUCAAAAUGGCCGAAAUUUCGUAAAGUGUUAAAUCUUUUGUUAAUAGUUUACAAAAAUUUAAUUCUCAUUAUUCCAAUGGGAUAGUUACGAUUUAUCACUUUAAUUAACUCGCAGGUGAAAUAGAGCAGACGGAAUCGCUGUAACAUCUUUAAUUCAUGUCUUUAGAUUUCUAAUUCAUCUACCAGAUGAGUUCGGCAAGCGAUGUAUUCAAUUCAGCAAACCAGGAGAAUCGUUCGACGCCAACGAUCGCUCCGCAUUUCGCAGAUCCGACUAAUUUGAAAUUAGUCCAGCAACACAUGAGUAAUGCUGCGAACCAAGACAAUCGCGUCGAAAGAAACACGCCGCUGUCGCAUUUUCCCGAUAGUAGCAAUUUAAAAAUGGUCCAGUUAGGCAAUAUGGAUCUGCGUUUUCUAGGUGAUACAUCGAGAGCUGUACAGGCCGUGUUGAAUAACUCGGUCGUCUCUGUAGCCAAUACUUUGAAUGGGGAACCGUCUUCUAUAUCGUCGUCCAGUAUACCAAUUGAUUUUUUGAAACACGAUCAACGUAGUAAACUUCUAACUGGUUAUCUUAUACCAUGUGAUUAUCAAAGUACCUCACAGACCGAAGCGGAUAAGAAUUAUUAUCAAAAGAAACAAAAAGAUGUGUUUCGAUUUCUAGAACAAAAAGUCAACACCGAGAAACCGUUGCUGCUUGAAAUAAAUGCAGUUGACCCGACCAGAGCAGUGCAGGCUGUUUUGAGUAACACGGUAUCGGUCGCGAGUACGUUGAAUGGCGAACCUUCUUCGUCUUCUGCCAUAUCGUCUUCUAGUUUGCCAAUCGAUGGCUUCCUUAAGCCCGAUCAGCGUAAACUUUUAGCUGGCGAAUCACCGAAGGCGUUUUCGAAUCUGAUGCUGCAUUUGGGCCCGGAACGUCGCACGAACAUCACGGACUCGCCGUUCCACUGCGACAUCUGCGGGAAGUAUUUUUCGCGCAAAGAUCACUUCAAAAAUCACGUAAUGUGGCACACUGGCGAAACGCCGCACCGGUGCGAUUACUGCGCUAAAACGUUUACGCGUAAGGAGCAUCUGGUGAAUCACGUUCGCCAGCAUACGGGUGAGUCUCCGCAUCAUUGCAAUUAUUGUACGAAAUCAUUCACACGUAAAGAUCACAUGGUUUAUCACGAGCGUCAACAUACAGGGGAGACGCCGUUUCCGUGCCAGUACUGUCCGAAAGCGUUUACACGUAAAGACCAUCUGGUUAAUCACAUACGCCGGCAUACCGGAGAGUCGCCGCAUAAGUGCACUUAUUGUAUGAAAAGCUUCACGCGUAAAGAACACCUAACGAAUCAUAUACGCCAGCACACCGGCGAGUCUCCGCAUCGGUGCCACUUCUGCCCGAAAACGUUCACGCGUAAAGAGCACUUGACCUGUCACAUACGCAUACAUACCGGCGAAUCCCCUCACGCUUGCGAAUUCUGUAAUCGCACGUUUACGCGCAAAGAGCACCUGAAGCGUCACUUGCGCCAGCACACGUCCGGCGCCGAAUACAACUGUCUGAUCUGCACCGAACCGUUUACCGCCAAAGAGCCGCUGCUCGAGCACAUGUUGACGCAUCCGCGCGACUUCCCGUACGUCUGCCAAGAGUGCGGCAAAGCGUUCCGCCUCAAGGGCAACCUGCUCUUCCACCAGCGCAGCCAUCAGAAAGGCAUGAUCAUGGAUCGACCGUAUCGCUGCGACCUGUGCCCCAAAGAUUUCAUGUGCAAAGGGCACCUGGUGUCGCACCGACGCAGCCACACCAACGCCAACAACGCCCGCCAGUUCGACAAAGCCUUCGUCACCGUCAAGGACGAAAACGCAUCGUUCAUGCUCAAGCAUCUCAUGAAACAGGAAGACAUGAGCGAAAUGAUCAUACACCAGCAACAGCAGGCCGCCGCUCAACAGCAGCAACAAGCCGGCGGUCAGCAGCCCCAGCAACAACAGCAGCAACAACAACAGCAACAGCAGCAGCAACAACAACAGACUCAUCAGCAAUCGCAGCAUUCGGUCAGCGUCGGCACCCAGGUCGGCUUACCCGUAUUGCCACCGCCGCCUAAUAUCCAUCUUCCACCUCCGACCACCAGUUUAUUGGCAGCUGCCACGUAAACCACCGGUCAACGAUCAUCGUACGAUACGGUUUUCUCAUAAUUUUUUCUCUUUCCUCAUUUCUCACUAUUUGUAUAAAACAAAAAUGGACGACGAGACGAUAGCCAGAGAAAACAAUCGACGACGAUACGUUUGCUACAUGCCAACGAGGCUCCAUCCUCGGGCCCUGGCCCCAAUCUGUAGCAGUCGUCACUCUCGUCAGCAGCGUCGUUUUUUUUUUCGGCGAUGCUACAGCAGCUCAUGACGCGAUGUCGAUGUCGCGUUGCACUCUUUAUUAUUUUGCUACUUGUAUUUCUCUUCUUCUAUUUUUUUUUUCCUCCCUUCUUUUACUUCUUAUAUAGAGAUUACGUUGAGACGAUAUUACGAGUAUUUUAUCAUUAUUAAUUAUUGUUACAUAACUUCGUAGAGUUUGGAGAGUUUCGCGUGUUGUGGUGUGUGUGUGUAAGAUGACGCAUCUUUUGGUUUUUAUUUUUUAUCUCUUCGGUUGCCGAAGAUUCCUAACCUGCUGUAUAUUUUCGCUUCGAAGCCUUCUCGAGGGGGUCUCCUCUCUCUUUCUAUCUCUCUUUCGAUUAUUUUAUUAUUCACGAAUUCCUCCUAACCUGAUUCUUUUUCCACGUCGUAUUUUUUCGGUGGUUUGAGGGGGGGGGGGGCAGAAAAAGACAGAAAGGGUUAUUCGUAUUCGAAAGCGAUAUAAUAAUGUUCCACCUUUCUGUCCUCUUUUCACCCUCUUGCCCCCUUACUCUGAAAUAUGACGAUGAUGAUGACGAUGACGAUGACGAUGGUGCGAAUGAAGCAGAUAUUUUGUACCUUUCAACAUAAUGUCGAGCUGCCAUUUACUUUUUCCUAAUAUUUUCUCUUAAUUUUUUUUUUUUCGUCUCAAAUUAAGUGCCAUUUUUCACCAUGUUACAAUCUACCUAUCUGUGUGUACGUACGGAUUUUUAAUUUAUCUGUUUUUUUUUUUUUUUUUUUUUUAAUUACGUGAAUGAUCGAAACCUUUUCUGCGGAACUUUGAUACCUACGACGUGUAUUUUUUAUAUUCAUUCGAGAGUAAUUUCAGUGUUGUUUUUGUCCUUGUCCAGGUGUGUUUUUUUCCCUUCUUUGGAACUUUCGUUGAUUUUUUUUGUAGUUGUUUUUUUUAAUUUAUUUUUUAGCUUUAUCGUUACCGAGAUCAAAACUUCGAUGAUGAGGUUCUAGGUGGAUUUUUUUUUUUUAAUUUUUUGAUUUCAUCCGAGCACACGUUGCGUAGUGAUAAUGGGUUUAUUGCUGCUUCCUUUUUUUUUUUUUACUAGUGUCGACUAUUUUACGUAAUUAAUACGUGUGAGAUUAUCGUGUAUGUGAGUACGCUGAUUUUUUUAAUACUCGUGGAGCAACGAUUUGAAGAAAAAAGAUCAAAUUUUAUUACGGCGAUGAUGUGGAGAUAAGAAGUCGAGUAAUCGAGAUCAAUCGAGUCUAAAUGGUGGAGGAUUUUAUCGAAUGACGUCUGACGAGCGAGAUGAGUUGAAAAUAUGAUAUUGCUGGUUCGGAAGUCGAUGGUUCGUGUUUUUCGAUCAAUGUUCUAUGAUCAAAUCGUUCCGGUUCGCGAAUGUUAAGAAAAGGUCGUUCAAAUUCGGUACUCUUUUUCGAGCAAAUUAGUGAAAAAAUGAAUUUUCACGAAUAUUUUCUCUCUGGUUUCGUUUCGCGAUACGAUCGUUCGCGAGCGAUUCGCGUCUCGAGGAACGAAUCGUGUGCGAAUGAUUCGAGGAUAGUUUGACCGAAUUCAUCAUCUGAGAGGCGAAUGUAUUCAUUUUAGAGUUGAUUGCGCUUAUCAGGGUGUCCUACAGUCUUAAUUAUUCUGCUUUCAAUAUUUUUGUCUUUUUUUCGGUUCAAAUUCCCAAAAAAUUUUAACCCUUCCCCCUCCAAAAUCCACUAAAAAUGUAUUUUUAAACAUUUUUUCAAUCAAAGUUUUAAAAUGCCAUGAAAAAAUUCGGGUUUUCCUCAUGCGAAAUUGUUGUUGAAAUCUCCCCCCCCCCUCCUCUCAAAAAAAUCCAAAAAAUAUUCAUCAGAUUUUUUCAAAGUUAUCAAUUUUUUUCCAGUUUUCUUCGCAAAUGAAGAAAUUUUCAGGUGAACAAACUUUGAACCCCCCCCCCUCACUCCUCUUCACCCAAACUGAAACAUGAAAAAAAUCCUGAUGCAAAUUCUGAUCUUUUUCAUUCGAAAUUGCUAAAAAAUUCAGUAGUUUUUUUGGUCUUUUCAGAAGUUCAAAGAUUUCCAUGAUUUCUUCCUAUUCUUCCCCCCUCCCUCCAUCCAAAAUUCCCCAUAGAAUCCGUUUAUUCAAUUUUCUCAAUAAAACUUUGAAAAUUUUCUGUUGGAAAAUCUCAUGAAAAAAAUUCCUGAUGAGAAUUCUGUUUUUUUUUGUUGCAGGAAUUGCAAGCAUUGUCAAAUCUCUCCUCCCCCCCCAAAAAAAAAAUGAAAAAAAUCGAAAAAAUAUUCAUUUGCUUUUUUUAGAGUUAUGAAUUUUUAUCCCAAUUUUUUUCCAGUUCUCUUCGAAAAUGAAGAAAUUUUGAAGUGAACCAACUUUGACCUCCCCUCCCCUUCAACCCAAACUGAAACAUGAAAAAAAUCCUGUGCAAAUUCUGAUCUUUUUCAUUCGAAAUUGCUGAAAAUUCUGGUUUUUUGUCUUGUCAGAAGUUCAAAAAUUGCCAUGAUUUUUCCUAUCCUCCUUCUCCUCCUCGCUCCCAAAAAAACGUCCCCAAAAAAUCCAUUUUUUCAAUUUUCUCAAUCAAACUUAGAAAAUUUUCUGUUGGGAAAAUCUCAUGAAAAAUUUCCUGAUGAAAAUUCUGUUUUUUCCUCAUUCAAAAUUGUUGGUAAAAAUUCUGUUUUUUGCGGAAAUUGCAAGCAUUUUCAUAAUCCCCCCCCCCAAAUAAAUUUAAAAAAUUCGAAAAAAUAUUAAUUUGCUUUUUUUUUGGAGUUAUGAAAUUUUAUCACAAUUUUUUUCAAGUUCUCUUCGAAAAUGAAAAAAUUUGAAGUAAACAAACUUUGAUCUCUCCCCCCCCUCCCACUUCAACCAAACUGAAACAUGAUAAAAAAUCCUGAUUCAAAUUCAAAAUUGCUGAAAAUUCUGUUUUUUGUUGUCUUGUCAGGAGUUCAAAAAUUGCCAUGAAUCUUUCCUCCCCCCCCCCCUCCAAAAAAACCAUUCCCCAUAAAAUCCAUGUUUUCAGUUUUCUCAAUCAAACUUUGAAAAAUUUCUGUUGGAAAAUCUCGAUUUUUUUCAAUGGAACUCAUAUUUUUUAUUCAGUUGUUUUUUUUGGAAAAUUUUGAAUUUUGAUUUUUCCUGCUCUCUCUGAUAGUUGGAAAAUUCUGACUUCAGGAAUGAAUUUUGAACCCUAUCCCUCCUCUCAUUUCCCUCAAAUUGAAACAUUUGCGACACUUUCUUAUUCAGAACCAGUUCUUCUGACAAAAUUUGCCAAAAAAGUGCUACUUUUUGUCAAAUCAAAAAUUUCCAUUUUGUUUAUUUUGUUUAUUUUUUUGAAACUGGACUGAUUUAACCUGAGUAAAUUUUGACACCUCCCCCCCCCCUCUCACUCUCCUUCAACACUUUCUUCUUCAAAUUGAACAUUCAAAGAAAUACGUUGCUUCGAAUUUCGCUUCUUUUUUUUCUCAAAAUUGCGGGAAAAUCUUGCUUCUUUUCGUUUUUAAUUUUCAAAAAUUUUCCAUUCAUUCUCUUUUUAUUCAAAAUUUUGAAAGGAGAAAAAGGCUGGAAAAUUGAAAUGUUUGAUGGCAAAAAAGUGUUUUAUUUUUUUCAAUCUAACUGACUUUUUCCAUUUUCUUUUCUCGUUUUAAAAUUUGUGUUUUCAAAAAUCUAAUGUUUAAAUGAAAAAUUUUUGACUUGAAAUUGAUUUUGAACCCCCCCCCCCCUCCUCUAACCUUGCUUCCCUCAGAUUUAAACAUUUGAAGAACAUUUUCCGAUAAAAGUGCUUCCUUCGUUUGAUUUUUCAGGCACCCUGUAGGUUAAUGUCUUAACAAUAUCGAAGAAAUCGACUUUUGCAACCGGUUCGUUGCGAAUUUUAAAUCAAAACUUUUUUUAUUCAACUCGAAUGAAUUUGGAACAAAUAAUUUUGAACUCUUGAUAAAAGUUAUUGAACUAUUUUACGAUCAAAUCGUUUUGAUUUUUUGUCGAAUAAAAAGCCACCAUUUGGUUUGAAAAAUUCUAAUCGUUGAAGAACAAAGUCGAAUCGAAAAAUUCAUCGCAUGGCAUCGAUCUCCUCUCGAUAAACGAUCAUGGUUUGAAAUUGUAUUCACGAGUCUGUAUAAUUCUCCUACUCUUUUCUCCUUGUCUUCUGCCUUUUUUUAAAAAAAAAAAAACCUCGAAAAAUCUUAAUCAUGGAAUAUGAGACCUUCGUUUGUAUUCUUAUUGUGUGUGUUUUUUUUUUUCAAGUAAUCGAACUAAUUUGUUUUCACGUACGUAGUUUUAUACUUUUACAAAAAAAAAAAAAAUGAAAUUGUUCAAGUCUCGAAUGCGCUUUUACGUACCUACCUAAUUUUAACGUGCUACUUUUUUAAAAGGUGUUCUAUUUUGUUUUGUAAUUUUUUUCUUUUUUUUUCGAGUUUCGUGUUUCUUUUUGCUCUUUAUUUUGUUCGUUGAGUUUCGGUAUAUCGAUUAUCGAGCCCUGGAUACGGAAUAAAAUUGUUCCGAUAUUGGUAUCGUAUUUUUUAUGUAUUAAAUUUUCAUAUCUAAAUUAUUGAAAUUCGGAAUUUCAGAGCGCACUUUGCGCUCAGAGGCAGCUGCACUUUGAAUACUAUUACGACUGUGGAAAUUUACGAUAGAAAAAUGUGUUUUGUUUUUUUUUUAUAUAGUUGCUGCAACAAAUAAGCGCAUAAUACGAGUUAAAUUUAUUAUCUACGAGUUAAGUCCUUUUAAUGAUUAAUUUGUUAGAAUAUUAAGGAGAUUUUUUCUGUUUGUUUUUUUUUCUUUCUUUCUUUCGUUUCUCUACGAAUAUGUAAUUUUUUUUCUCUCUCCUAAGUAGUUGGAUUUUUAUGCAUUUUUUAGUCGUAUGUGUAACAUUCGUGUAAGUAGUAUUUUUUUCAUCCAUUUAAUCAGCCUCGGUUUUCGUUUUUUUUUUCUUUGUUCUUUUUUUUGUGCAAGAGUUCUCUGCAAAUGCCUGGUGUUUUUAUUUUCGUACGAAUUUUUACCGAAUAAUGUAUCGUGUACGCGUAUUUCCCACUGGAUUUUUUUUUCUACGAUUUAAGCAUAUAAAAUAAUUUACGACGAUGUAAAUUACGCGGAUAAUCAUUGGUGAUUGUGUAAUUUUUAUGUCUGUAUUGCCGAAACGAGCGGUUAAAUUACACGUGCGCGAACAUCCCGUACUGUACUAUGUAAUUUAGAUACGAGAGUACUUACGAAAAUUUGUGUAAGGGUAUUUAGUCAACGUUGUACGUUGUUGGUUUUACAUACAACUACCUACAACUGCAACGAGAGAUUUUGUUGAAUUAUUACCGCCGAAACGAACGGAACGGUUCGAAUGACGAAAAAAAAAACCUAAAAAGUGUAAUUACGUAAUAGAAAAGGUUCCUAAUGAACGUGCGUAGUGCGUGCAAUAUAUAAAUAUUAUAAAUAUAUACUAUUUUAUUAUGUUAAUGUAUCUAUACAUACUUAAUACUACGAUGAUGGCUAUUAACGAUUUAUUUAAUUUUUUUUCUCCCCUUUUUUCAUUUUUUUUCUCUCCUAUCGUUAAUUUAUUAUUGUAAAUUAGUGGUUUUUAUUACUUUUUCGUUCUUUCUCCUGGAAACAUUGAAUUGCGGGCGAUUUUAACGCUUGUAUUAUUUUUUUUUUACGAGUUCGAUGAUUUUUUUUUCUAUUUUUUUGGGCCAACAUACGCGCUUUUUACGUAGCUUUCUAUUGUUUUUAUUGCAUUUAUUUUAAAUAUUUUUUCUCUUUUUUUUUGUACGUAUUUUUUUUCUUUCUCUUUUUUGGUUACUUGUUUUAUCUUAAUUUUUUUUCUAUUGUAUUAUGUAUUUAAGCGAAAAUAUUCGUUGUUGUUACGCAGCUUAGUUACGAGAAAUUAUUUUUUUCAUUUUUUUUCUCUUUUUUUUCAUGUGUAUUAAUUCAGGAUCUAUUCGACGCUAGUCACGAGAGAACCAUUGUAUUUUUAAUCCGCGAUAUUUCCCUUGCUUGUUAUUCCAUUCUGAACACCGUGUGGUUUUGGUGAUUGGUACACGAGCUUUAUGUGUUGAUUAUGUGCAAUGAUAGGAUGAGAUGGGAGGGGGGAGCUCCAGACUUUGAGGAAUAAGUCUGAUGUUAUUGAGGUGAAGGUAAAGUCAGGGAACCAUCAGUUGAGAUUUUUCAUCAGGAAUUUGGUCAAAACUGGAGCAAUAGCGAAUUUUUGGGUCAGAUUUUUAUGGGAAGGGAUGAAUUGGGGGGGGGGAAGGGAGAUUAGGGAACUUGGAGCUGGUAAAAUCGAUUUUGUGAAACAUAAUAUUAUCUAGCUAGUUUCACUUCAGAACUCAUUUUCAUAUCCCUAUCCCUUAAUGAGAUGGUGGAAAAGAGGGGGGGGGGGGGUGAAAAUCCAAAAAUUAUUUCAAAAAAAUACUUAAGUUGCACCAAUGAAUGCAUUUAAAUCAUGUUGAAUUCAUUUUUUUAUACAGAUUACCUCUUCUGAUAACCCACCACUUCCAGAGGAGGGUCAAAAUUCGAAAUUUAUGAAAAAAUUCAGUUGGGUGCCCGAAAAUUUGGUUUUUAGGGAUGGUGAAUUCGUUUUCAAGGUCAUUUUUGCCCCAUCUGGUAACCUACCUCCUUCUACAGAAGGGAUGAAAAUUCAAAAAUCCUGAAUAAAUCGAGUUCGAUCCCUUAAUAUUUUUUAUCAAAAAUUCUGUAUUCAUGUUAGAGGCGAAUUUCACCCUCAUUUGAUAACCUACCCCUUUUUUUGGUUGAGGGGUGGGGGGGGGGGGGGUUAACAUUGAUAAAAACUGAUAAAAUUCUGUUCAAUUUCUCAAAUAUUUCUCAUCAAGAGAUGCUAAAUUCAUUUUAGAAGCGAAUUUCACCCUCAUUUUGAUAACCUACCCCUUUUUUGGUUCAGGAGUGGGGGGGAUAAAAAUUGAAAAAAACUGAAAAAAAUCAGUUCAAUUUCUAAAUAUUUGUCAUCAAGAGAUGCUAAAUUCAUUUUAGAGGAAAGUUUGCACCCUCACUUGAUAACCUACCCCUUUUUUUUGGAUGAGGGGUAGGGGGAUAAAAAUUCAAAAAAACUGAAAAAAUUCUGUUCAAUUUCUAAAUAUUGUUCAUCAGAGAAGCUAAAUUCAAUUUAAAGGUCAUUUUCACCACCAUUUGGUAACCCAUUUUUUUUUAGGAGGGUGAAAAUUCAAAAUUUGAAAAAAUGUUGGGUUUGAUGUGUAAAUCUGGGUUUUUAAGAGUCCUAAAUUAUUUUACAAAGUAAGUUUCGCCUCAUCUAGUAAGCUACCCCUUCUAUAAGGGAUGAAAAUUCAAAAUUUCUGAAGAAAAUAUAACUCACCUCUUCUAAAGGGGAUGAAAAUUCGGAAUUCCCGAGAAAAAAAUCGAAGCUUGUGUCUGAUUUCAUUUCUAAGGGUAUUUUCACCCCAUCUGAUAACGUACCCUCUUCUGUGUGGAAGGGGGGAGUGGAAUUUCAAAAUUUCUAAAAAAUCGAGUUCUGUGUCUAAAUUAUGUUUUCAAAGGUACUGAAUUCAUUUUCAAGGUCAUUUGUCCGGCUACAGUGGUAACCCACCACCCCCCCCCCCUAUAUAUUAAGGAAUGAAAAUGUGAAAAUUUCCAAAAAAUCUAGUUUGGUGUUCAAAUGUAUGUUUUGAAGGGCGUUAAAUUCAUUUUCAAGGUCAUUUUCACUCCAAUGUGGUGAUUCAUCCCCUAUACAUUUAGGGAAUGAAAAUUCUAAAUUUCUUGAAAUUUCAGUUUAAUGCCUGAGAUUACGUUUUCGAGGGCGCUGAAUUCGUUGUUAAAAGUAAUUUUUAUCCCAUCCCUCCCCUCCCCUCCAUCUGGUGAUUUAUUCAUUUGUUCAUUUAGGGGAUGAAAAUUCAAAAUUUUUCUAAAGAUUGAUUUUGGUGCCAUGAAAGUUGUUUUUAUGGGCGCUUUAUUCAAUUUCAAGGUCAUUUUCACCCCCUCUCCUCGCAUCUGAUUAUUCAUCCCCUAUAUCAUCUGUUUAGCUAGGGGAUGAAAAUUCAAAAUUUUCCUAAAAAUUGAGUUUGGUGUCAUAAAAUUUGUUUUCAAGGGUGCUCGAUCCAUCAUCAAGGUCAUUUCUGCCUAUGCAUGUAAUCCACCCCGCUUUUAAGGGUUGAAAAUUUAUAAUUUUUGAAAAAAAUCAAGUUUGUUGGUCACAUGUAUGUUUUUAUGGGCGCUGAAUUAAUUAUCAAGGUCAUUCGGACAUUUUCACCCCUCCCCUCUCAUCUGAUAAUUCAUCCACUAUACGUUUAGGGGAUGAAAAUUCGAAAUUUCCAAAAAAAUGAGUUUGGUGCGACAAACUAUGUUUUCAAGGGUGCUGAAUUCAUUUUCAAAGUCAUUUUUACCAACACCUGUAAUCCACCCCUCUUUUAAGGGAUGGAAAUUCAAACUUUUCCACAGAAAAUCAAGUUUGGUGUUCAAAUAUGUAUUUUGAACGGCGCUGAAUUCAUUUUCAAGGUCAUUUUCACCUCAUCUGGUGAUUCAUCCCUUAUACAGUAUUUAGGGGAUAAAAAUUCAAAAUGUUCAAAAAAAUCGAGUUUGGUGUUCAAAUGUAUGUUUUGAAUGGCGCUGUAUUAAUUUCUAAGGUUAUUUUCACCCCAUCUGGCGAUUCAUCCCUUAUACAUUUAGGGGAUGAAAAUUCAAACUUUCAAAAAAAUCAAGUUUGGUGUCUAAAUGUAUGCUUUGAAUGGCGCUGAAUUCAUUUUCGAGGUCAUUUUCACCCCUUCUGGCAAUUCAUCCCUUAUCCAUUUAGGGGAUGAAAAUUCUAAAUUUCCACAAAAUCGAGUUUGGUGUCUUAAGGUAUGUUUUGAAGGGCGCUGAAUUCAUUUUCAAAGUCAUUUUCACCCUAUCCAGCGAUUUAUCCCUUAUCCAUUUAGGGGAUGAAAAUUCAAAAUUUUCAAAAAAUUGAGUUUGGUGUCUAAAUGUAUGUUUUGAAUGGCGCCGAAUUCAUUUCUAUGGUCAUUUUCACCCCAUCUGGUGAUUCAUCCCUUAUAUGUACAUUUAGGGGAUGAAAAUUCAAAAUUGCCAAAAAAAUCGAGUUGGGUAUCAAAAUCUAUGUUUUCAAGGUCGCUGAAUUCAUUUCUAAAGUUGUUUUUGCUCCUUGAGAUGAACUACCCCUCAUUUUAGGGGUACGAAAUUUUGUCAUGGGCUCACCACAGCGACUUGUACGAUCUCGUUGUCUUAAUUCUCGAACAUUAUUGCACAUUUUCGAAACAAAUGCUUCGGCGUACCGGUAACCGAAACGGAAACCGAGUAAAAAAAAAAAGAGAAGCAAUUUUGGGGAAUUAUUCGGGUCAAUUGAUAUCGAUAAUUAUUUAUUUACGCUAUACAAAUAUACUACGAUGUAGGUAUAUUAUAAUUGCGAAAACCCCCCGAAGUAGAAAUUAUUAUUAUUACAAAAAUUGGUCGAAACAUCGUACUAUUAUUAUUAUCUCUAUUAUUUCACCACGCAUAUGUUGGUAUAUGCCGACGACAACACGUAGGGGGGAGUUUGAAAAACACCCCUGAGAAUCCUUAAUGAUUUUUUUUUUUUGAUUAGAUCUCUUCUUUUAAUAUCUCUAUCGUAUGUAUUCGUAAUAAGAAUAUUUAUUGUAUGACCUUAUUAGUUUUUAAUUUUUGAUUUACCUUCUGAUUAUGCUACCUACCUUACACUGUACGAUGUCGUGUUAGAGCGAAUAAGUUCAUAAACUUAUAUACGACUGAAGAAGUUGAAAUACAUUUAAUAUGCAAUAUUAAUGGUCACGUCUGUAAAACUCAUUCAUAUGAGACAACAUUAUGCCAAAGAAUUGUAUAUUUUUUUUGUUCAAUAUUAUUCAGAAACGUAAAUUGUGAAAAAUAAAAAUUAUAUUACUAUAGAUUCCUGAAACUGAGACGUCCUUUAACCGGUUUAUCGUGAUUCUGAUGUUGAAGAAAAAAAAAACUUUCACGCUUGGGUUUUAAUUUUUUUUCCUUUUUUUUUUUUUUUUUCGUUUAUUAAUAAUCCUCACACGUAUAAGUAUCCACUCUUUGUUAUUGCCAUUUUUUUUAUGUAUUGUUCCUUCCUGACUAUUUUUUUCUUUCUUUUUUUUUUAAAUUCUUUCUUUCGUUUUUAUUUCGCUGUUAUUAUUAUUAUUACGAUUAUAUUAUUAUUUUUUUUUACGUAUUAAUUUCGAUGUUCUUUUUAACAUUAUGUAGUUGAAGGUAUUGUUAACAUUCGCGUAUUUUGAGCCAUGUAGUAGUAUUAACCAGUGUGCUGGAGUGUGUGUUUUUUAAUAUUGUUUUUUGCUUUUUCGAGUUGAGUGUGUACUUUUUUUUUGGAGGCUUGGAGUUUUUUUUGAUUUUUUUUAAUGAAGAAAUACCGCAAUGCCGCCGAGUUUUAAUUUGUUUUUUUUUUUAGUUUUUAAACGAUUGAUGAGAAAAAAAAUCUAUACUUUGAACGCGUAAUUUUAAAUGUCUUUUUAAAUUGUAUAUUACGUAUUAUUUAAGAGUUUUCCGUUAAGAGCGUGUUCUACGACGGUUUUAUGACGAUAUGGAUGUGUAGUAAUAGUAUAAUAAUUUUUUUUUUUUCGGGAAAAUUGAUUCAGGAAGUUCAUAUAGCACAUAUUUAAAAUGCAUUAUAUACACACUUGAAAGGGUGAUCUCUCAGUAUUGUUUUGUUCUUUUUUUUAAAAAAAAAAUUACAUAAUGUGUACCUGCGAUAGAAAUAAUAUUAUGUUCUAUUAUUAUUGUCUAUCGGCGGAGUAAAAUUUCAUUAUUGUCAGUAUUAUUUAUAUAAUUGAUAGGGAUGGUGAGUGUUGGUCGGUACGUGCUGUUGGUAAAAUUGUUGUCUAGAUAGAGAUGGAUUUUGGUGAACACAUUUAUAUAAAAUAAAUACACUAUUGAACGAUCGACCGUAUCGUCGUGAAACAAUAUAAUUUUAUUUUUUAUUAGAUUUUUUAAAAUCAUAAUAAAGUAGACUAAAAACUUAAGACAGUAUGUUUAAAAGAAUUAAUUUUUAGUGUAUUUUUACUGUUGUACUAUGGCUAUUUUUUAAUGAAAUAAACCUUUAAAUUGAGA